UCACCUUCGUUUUCAAAUUUCUUUCAAAAGCGACGGCGGAGCUUACUGAAAAAUUUCAGUGAAAAUUCUCUUCUGCCGCAACAAUGGCGAUGGCUUUCAAGAUGGCGACGACGGGGAUGUGGGUGACGGAUGAGUGCAAGAACUCAUUCAUGGAGAUGAAAUGGAAGAAGGUGCACAGGUACAUCGUGUUCAAGAUCGAUGAGAAGUCGAGGCUGGUGACCGUCGAUAAAGUCGGAGGCGCCGGCGAGAGCUACGACGAUCUAGCCGCAUCGCUUCCCACCGACGAUUGCCGAUACGCUGUAUUCGAUUUCGAUUUCGUCACCGUCGAUAACUGCCGGAAAAGCAAGAUCUUCUUCAUCGCAUGGUCCCCAACAGCAUCAAGAAUUAGAGCAAAAAUUCUGUAUGCAACCUCUAAAGAUGGGCUGAGGAGAGUGCUGGAUGGCAUUCAUUAUGAAGUUCAGGCUACCGAUCCGACCGAGAUGGGAAUUGAUGUGAUUAAGGACAGGGCCAAGUAGAUUUAUUUAUCUUUGAUUCAGCAUCUUACUUCUUGUUUAAUAACUCCCAAGUCCAACCAGAUGAACAUGUGCUUUGUUGUUGUUAUUCUUCAUUUUGCUCUCUGUAAGCUUUUUAGAAGCUCUAAUGUAAGUUAGCCUUCUAAUUAGUAAUAAUGUCUUUGGUCCAUGUCCAUGUAUGCUAGUUUGUCUACAUAGCACCUAUCCAUUCCAUUCUCUUGAGAAGAGAAUCGAAAAGUGAUGGAAAUAUGAAUUCAUGUUUCUGUUUUUAAGCUGACUUUUUUAGGCUCGUACAUAUCUAUGAUACUUUGUCGUGUAACUUGCCAAUGUAGAAAGCAAAACCUAAAAUAAGGAUAUGAACUUGGA